AGCAUUUGAGCACACUUUUUUUUAUUAACUAAACUUAAUAAUUUUACUCCCCAGCAUCUAAUGUGUGAAACGAUAGGGUGAGCGCUAUGGGAACACUUCGCCGAUGUAUCGGCGUACAUUGGAAGCACAUUUAGCCGUAAAUCUAUUAUCACAAACUAAAACUCGUUAGCUUACAUCAUGGAGAGGAGGAGCUAACGUUAGCUACCCUGCUAUGAGCUUAACACAGCGCUAAUGUAAAGUCUUAACCAUUCACUUCCAUUAGUGAGCACCAUAGACUGUAUACAAGUUGUUUUGUAGUUGUACGGAUGUCUGUCACAAUGUCUGCCAUCUAUCAAUGCGUUCUGUUCAACCGUGUCUCUAAGUUUAACACUAGUUGGAUACAGGUCUUGAGAUUUGGGUACAAUGUGCCUCCUCCUCAGUGGAUGACACCGGACAGGAUCCUCACGCAAGGUGGAAACGCAGCCAUGACACGGACAACUAACCUAAGUAACGUUACGAUGGCUAAUAAGUCGAGGAAGCGCAGUGAUUCUUGUUCGAGGUGCCUGUCAAGUUCAGCUGAGGAUGCAGCAACUCGAGUGAAGAGGGUUUCUAUCGAGGGCAACAUCGCUGUGGGAAAGUCGACCUUUGCAAGACUCCUGCAGUCCGCUUGUCCAGACUGGGAGGUGGUGGCAGAACCUGUGAGCAAGUGGCAGAACAUUGAUAGUGGGACCGUGAAGGGGACAGACGCGUCCCCCCAGACGACCGUCAGCAACCUGCUGCAGAUGAUGUACCAGGACCCUCAGCGCUGGUCGUACACAUUUCAGACAUUUUCCUGCAUGAGCCGUCUGAGGACGCAGCUGCAGCCUCCUCCGGCUCGCCUGCUCAGCUCAGAGCGAACACCUGUCCAGGUGUAUGAGCGCUCCAUCUACAGCGACAGAUACAUCUUUGCCCUGAACAUGUUUGAGCUGGGUUGUAUCAACUCUACCGAGUGGGCAGUCUACCAGGACUGGCACUCCCUCCUGGUGGAACAGUUUGGACACCAGGUGGAGCUUGAGGGCAUUAUCUACCUCAGAGCUCCACCAGAGAAAUGUAUGGAGCGUCUGGGGCGCCGGGGAAGGCCAGAAGAGAAAGGAGUGAAACUGGACUAUCUGGAUAAGCUGCAUGUUCAACAUGAGAGGUGGCUUGUGGAGAAGAGCACUGAAUUACAUUUUGAGAAGUUGAAACAGAUACCUGUGUUGCAACUGGAUGCCAGUGUGGAGUUUCAGAGUGACCCAGAGGUGCAGGAGGAAUUUAUACGAAAGAUAAAAAAGUUCUUCGCUGCUUUAUGAGAGUCGGCUCCCAUCACCAGUGGGAAACCGAUGGGACCAGUCAGACCUCAGUCAACUGUGUUAACUUACAUAUAAUACACAUGAGCCUCUCAUAGAGGGAAGGAAAUAUAAAGUAAUAUUAAAGGUUUUCUCUCUUUGAGAAGUUGCUGGACCACCUGUUUGUUUUUUUCUGUAUACAAAUGUCUUAUCUCUAAAUAAACUGUUCGAUUGUUAAAUUUGUUCUGCUUUUAUUGUUUGCAUGUUAAUGUUUUGAGAUUCACUGGCUGGUUAAAGUUAGUUGUUACACUGUACUGUUUAUUCCCCUUGAAAUCCAAACUAAGUCUGUGCUGUCAGUUCUAUGACCAUUUGGAAACAGUUACACACUCCUGACUGACAAUGAACAAGCAAACAAGUAUUAAGUAUUCCAUUUGUUGUCUGUUAACAAAUAAAAACCUUAUCUAAUU